CUGCUUUAUUUAUUGACAUAGCGAGCAGCGAUUGGGUUCUUGGAAUUUACUUAAUGGAAAUUAAAUUUCUCCCCUUAGCCUGUUUCUUGUGGGGUUUUAGCUCUUUCCUUGUGGGGCUCUCUCAUCAGUCUCAUCAGUCUCUAUAAAUUGAGAAGCUUCCCAAGCCAAAUGAACCAUCAACUCAUCCUCUCUCUCUCUUUCUCUCUCUCUCUCUCUCUUUCAACCAUAUCUGUGAGAGCAAAAAUGAAGGUAUCAUAUAUUGCAGUUUGUGCCGUACUGGUGCUACUCCUUGCUGAAGCACACAUCACAGUGGCAGUAACAUGCAGCCCCACGGAACUGAGCUCUUGCGUUGGUGCAAUCACAUCAUCAACUCCACCGUCUAAACUAUGCUGUAGCAAGAUCAAGGAACAGAAGCCUUGCCUUUGCCAGUACCUCAAGAACCCCAACCUCAAGAAGUUUGUCAACUCCCCUAAUGCCAGGAAGGUUGCUAGCACUUGUGGGACUCCCAUCCCUAAGUGCUAGAUAACUAGAUUUUAAAUUUUCUUCUCUAUGUCUCUCUUUCUAGAUAUAUAUAUAUAUAUAAAUAUCCUCUGCAUGCAUCUUUCUAUAUAGUUUCAUGGAUAGGUAGAGAGACUAGGGAGAGAAAAAGGUAUUAUAUAUCCGGUGUGGUCUACCACAUACUGGUUGUUGCAGGAGGCUAGUAGCUGUAGUGGAAAUAAUGUUGGGGUCAUGGCUACAUGUCCCUGGCUGAUUUUACUUUUGCUCUGUCUCUCUUGUUCUUCUUUUCUUAUGGCCUUUGGUUACUAGUUGUAAUGAAGGUUUGAAUAUGGAAUUAUCAAAUAAAUCUUUCACUC